AUGUCUUCAUUCUCCUGGCUCUUCACUCUAUUGCCCUCCUCAGCCCCAUCCCUGCUCCUUGUGGGGCUUGUGGGCAGACAGCUGGGGCUCAGGGUGGGGCUGCAGGUGGUUCAGACUGUGACUUGUUCUCGUUUGGGUUCACCGAGUGCCCAGGGUCUGUUUCAGGAUGGAGAUGUAGUUAUUGGUGGUCUCUUUAGUCUUUAUCACAAGACUCCAUCUACAGCCCACGACUUCACUGAGCUGCCAGACUACAAACCUUGCACCAGUCUGCAAAAUCUCCCGUUACAGUACAUAUAUGCUAUGAUGUUUGCACUGGAAGAAAUCAAUCAUAGUACAAACUUGCUACCAGGUUUGAAUCUUGGCUACCACAUUCGUGAUAGUUGUGGCCUGCACCCUUGGGCUAUGCAGGCAGCACUGUCGCUAGUCGGAGGAGACAGCACCAAUUGUAAUUCAGCACCCCGGCCAGACUACUCUGUUGGAUACGGAGAGGGCAUCGGAGAAAGGAGAGGUGAUCGGCCUGUUCCUUUGAUCAUUGGCGGUUCCUCAUCUAUAGCAGCCAAGAUACUCUGCAAUGUCCUGGGGCCACUCUCUGUAAGCUACACUGCUAGCUGUCCUUGUCUAAGUGACAGGCGCCAGUUUCCUAACUUCUUCAGGACAAUGGCCAGUGAUAUCUAUCAAGCUCGAGCCAUUGCUCAGCUUGCCAUUCGCUUCAACUGGACCUGGAUCGGAGCAGUGGUAGCAAACAACGAUUAUGGCCACAUGGCAGUAAAGGUAUUUCAGGAGGAGACUCAGGGGAAAGGAGUGUGUCUGGCAUUUGUGGAGACUCUCCAAAGGGAAAACAUUGUGAGUGAUGCCAGACGAGCAGCACUCAGGAUUCAGGCCUCGACUGCAAGAGUAAUUCUGGUCUUUAGCUGGUAUACAGACGUCAGGGAACUGUUCCUGCAGCUAGCCAAGAUAAAUGUGACAAACAGACAGUUCCUCGCCAGUGAGGCUUGGAGCACCAGUGGCGAUCUUCUCCAAAAUCUUGUCACUUCUCAAGUGGCAAGCGGUGUUCUUGGUGUGGCCAUUCGAAGUUCACCUAUACCUGGAUUUGAAAGUUAUCUCAGGAAUUUAAAGCCAUCUCAUCGUCCUGACGAUGCGUUUUUAAAAGAAUUCUGGGAAAAUGAGUUUGGCUGUAGUCCUGGGGCAAACAGAUUGCUUCAAAAGACUUAUCUACCACCCUGCAGUGGGACAGAGUCCCUCGAGAGAGUGCAGAACUUUUUUACUGACACCUCUCAGCUAAGGGUGACAUAUAAUGUGUACCUGGCUGUUUAUGCUGCAGCCCACGCCCUCCACAGCCUUCUCUCCUGCCCCAACAGAGACAGCCCUCCUGGAAACAACAGCGCCACCUGUUCUUCUCCAAAACACAUCAAACCCAGAGAGCUGUUGCAGCACUUGAGCAACGUGAAUUUCACCACACCACAGGGUGAACUGUUAUAUUUUCAAGGCACUGACAUUCCAGCAAAGUACGACCUCGUCAACUGGCAGAACACCCCUGAAGGGUCAGUUAAACUUGUUUUGAUUGGUCGUGUGGAUGGGUUUGACCUCAAUCUUAAUGAUUCAGCUAUUCAGUGGAGCACAGGAUCCAAUCAGGUUCCUGUUUCAGUGUGCAGUGAGAGCUGCCCCCCAGGUACCAGAAAGGCCAACAGGAAAGGAGAACCUCUCUGCUGCUUUGACUGUAUCCCAUGUGCUGAAGGGGAGAUUAGCAAUACAACUGGUUCUCUUCACUGUGAGCGUUGUCCAUCUGAGUUCUGGUCCAAUUCUGAACAAACAGCCUGUGUCCCUCGUCAGCUGGAUUUUCUUGCCUUUAAUGAAACAUUGGGCAUCACUCUGACCACUGCAGCUGUGUCUGGUGCUGCAGUGACGACAGCUGUGUUUGUGGUGUUUAUUUUAUACCAUCAAACACCUAUGGUGCGAGCCAACAAUUCCGAACUGAGCUUUCUGCUUCUUGUAUCGCUGAAGCUCUGCUUCCUUUGCUCGCUCGUUUUCAUCGGUCGUCCAUCAGUCUUGGCCUGUCGGUUCCAGCAGGCAGCCUUUGGGAUCAGCUUUGUACUUUGUGUAUCCUGCCUCCAAGUCAAAACCAUAGUUGUUCUGGCAGCGUUUCGCUCAGCUCGGCCCGGUGCUGCAGCCUUGAUGAAGUGGUUUGGUCCGGGCCAACAGAGAGGAAGUGUCUGCCUCUUUACCUGUAUACAGGUUAUCAUCUGUAUUAUUUGGCUUUCACUGAGUCCUCCAGAGCCCCAAGCUGACUUAGAUAUCCCAGGAUUGCAGGUCACCCUAAUGUGUUCCAUGGCCUCUGUGGUGGGCUUCUCUCUGGUUCUGGGCUACAUCGGCCUGCUGGCCUGCACCAGUCUCCUCUUGGCCUUUCUGGCUCGGAAGCUCCCUGACAACUUCAAUGAGGCCAAACUGAUCACCUUCAGCAUGCUGAUAUUCUGUGCUGUCUGGGUGGCCUUUGUACCUGCUUAUGUUAGCUCUCCCGGAAAAUAUGCAGUUGCUGUUGAGAUUUUUGCAAUCCUGGCCUCCAGCUAUGGUUUACUGCUCUGUAUGUUUGCUCCAAAGUGUUUCAUUAUUCUUUUGAGACCUGAGAAAAACACCAAAAAACACCUGAUGGCCAGAUAGCAAAAAAAAGCAUUAACUUUGCAUGCUGUGACCUACAAAAUUAGAGUGAUAUCAAUUUAGAAGAUACAUUAAAAUAAAUUCAUUAAGCUAAUCUGCAUCCCUUUAUAUUAUUCAUAUAAUAUCUUUAUAUAGUCAUUUUCAUCAGAGUAGUCAUACUGUGAUGAAUAUCUGCUUAUUUAGGCAACUUGAAUUAGGUUUAUUUACACAGAUGACCUAAAUGUUCUUUUAAUUGAUAAUAAAAACCCAAAACAUUUUGUAUUGUUUUU